GAAGUGUGAAGAAGGAGCGCCCCACUAGCUGCCUCGUAUUUAAGGCUGAGGAGCGCUCGUCGUUUAUCAGAAGGACCUGCCGUCCUUUGCCUUCGUACCUUUCGCGGGUGGGAGGUCAGUCCUGGGGAGUUUUAAUUCCUGCAGGAAGCUGCUGCUCGUUGCCCCUGCCACCUUCGGACACCAUGUCUUCUGCAAAUUCUGAUGCCCAAGCCACCUCCACCUCAAGAGGAGUGGCAAACACCCAGACGGGCACCCAGUCGACCACCCAGCAAGGCACCCAGCCUACCACCCAGUCGGGCACCCAGCUGACCACCCAGUCGAGCACUGAGCCAAGCCCCCAGCCCUCAACAAGCGGCCAGGGAUAUGUUUUGCCAGAAGGCAAAAUCAUGCCGAAUACAAUUUUUGUUGGAGGAAUAGAUGUUAGGAUGGAUGAAACAGAAUUACGAGGUUUCUUUACCAGAUAUGGUUCUGUGAAAGAAGUGAAGAUAAUUACUGAUCGGACUGGUGUGUCCAAGGGCUAUGGAUUUGUUUCAUUUUAUAAUGAUGUGGAUGUGCAGAAAAUAAUAGAAUCGCAGGUAAAUUUCCAUGGUAAGAAACUGAAACUGGGCCCCGCAAUCAGGAAACAAAGUUUGUGUAACUAUCAUGUGCAGCCACGCCCGAUGGCUUUUAAUCCACCUCCUGCCCCACAGUUCCAUAAUGUCUGGGGUAACCCCAAUACAGAAACUUUUAUUCAACCUCCAGCUAUGAUGAAUCCUGUAACUCAGUAUGUUCAGGCAUACCCUUCUUAUCCUAGUUCUCAAGUUCAGUUCAUUACUGGAUACCAGAUGCCAUUAUACAAUUAUCAGGUACAGCCACAAUGGCCUGCUGGUGAGCAAAGGAAUUUUGUGGUUCCUCCGGCUUACUCAGCUGUUAACUACCAGUACAAUGAAGUAGAUCCAGGAGUUGAAGUUCCGCAAGCAGAAAGCUCAGUUCAGGAAUCUCCCCAGGCCUCAGCAAAUGGCCCACAAAAGAAAUCGGUGGACCGCAGCAUACAGACGGUUGUAUCCUGUUUACUUAAUCCGGACAACAGAAUGAGAAACUCUCAGGUAUCUCAAGAUGAUUACUUCAAGAUGACGUAACUGAGGCACAGAGAAGUGAAGUGACUUGCCCAAGGACAAAAGAGCUCACCACUUUAAAAGAAGUAAAGGAGUGCUUAAACCCGUUUAAUGCAUCCAGACCCCAAAGUUCCUGUUUUCUGGCCUUAUGGAAAGAUAAUGUGUCAGAUACUCCAGGAUUUAAAAUACUUUCUGUGAAGUGAAAAACUAUGUUAAUUCUCUUAAAAAGUGUUUUUAUUUUACAUUGAAACUAUUCUUUGACUAUUCAGUUCUAGAAUGGUUCAGUGUUGAAUACGUAACUGAAGAAAGUACAAGGAAAUAAGUGAUCAAAUGAAACUUCAGAUUUCUCAUGUAAAUGUUCUUUCAAACUAUAUUGUAAUGUUUUGAGUGUUACUUUAUAAACAUAAUUUGAAAAGGCA